AUGGAAUCUACCUAUAAAGCCGAGGAAGAGCUUAUUCAAAAGGCCGUACACACGUACAAUGAAGAAAAAUGCGUAGAGAAACGGGUUAAUAUAGCCAAAUUAGCGCGUGAACAAGGAGUCUCCUAUCCUCGCCUUCGUCGUCGAAUAGCUGGGCGAGCCUGUAAAACUACUAGGGAACACCCUAAUCGACGCCUCGAUCCGGCCCAGUACAGUGCUUUAUAUGAACAGAUCGAUCGGUUUGAUGAUACAGGCGCCCCGCUGAGCGCUCAGGAUGUCAGAAAGGCUGCAGAUGCAAUCCUAGAGCGAGAUCAUACUGAUCCUACUACUGCACCACCAAAAGUCUCAAGAAACUGGCCGUACAGGUUUCUUCAGCAGACAGAUCGCUAUAUAAAGCGACCACGCCGUGUGACUGAUGUGGAUCGGAUAUAUGACGGAGAUCAUAUAAAUGAGAAUUCUGAUGAGAUAUCUGCGUCUCAUACAGGCCGUAUAACAACAACUACCACAACUACUAGCUAUAAAACGCCGUCACCACCGCCUGAAUCGACGAUUAAAACGCCUACAACACUACGUUCGAUACGCCAGGAGAUCACUAGAAUACGCAGUUCUGGGAAGGAGCUCUCGCCUGGUUUCGAUCGCCUCUUACGGGGUAUUUUAUCUAAUGCAGAGAAAGGUGCUAUGGCCUCUGCGGCUUUAGAUGAGCUCCUACAGGCUAAGAAACGGCCUUCUCAUUCAAAAUCUAGAUCUAAGCGUCAGAUCAAACUAAUACGUGUAGGAGAUGUACGGCGUCAUAUUAAUCCUAAAGAUAAGGCCGAUAUAGAGGCUCGUUGGCGUUCUAAAGGAUAA